AUGGCAUUCUGCAACCGCGUCAGAUCGGGAAUCUCCCUCUUUAACAAAGCCACCGUCAUUACUUCCCAGCGAUCUGAUCUCCAGCGAUUCCUCGUUGCCCCUUCCAUUUCCCUCGCCUCCAGAAAUUACGCCAACGUGCCGGGAGCAAAGGAUAACAAAGUUAAGGUCCCUUUGGCUUUAUAUGGAGGUUCAGGAAACUAUGCCUCGGCUUUGUACAUUGCAUCUGUGAAAGCUAAUGCAGUGGAGAAGGUUGAGUCUGAGAUUCUGCAAUUUGUUGAGGCAGUAAAGAAAAGCGCCAAAUUUUCACAUUUUAUAAAGGAUUUGUCUGUGGCUAAGGAUGUUAGAGUAAAAGCCAUGCAGGAGAUUUGUGGAGAAGCUAAGUUUUCAAACGUGACAAAGAACUUCCUUGUUAUUGUUGCUGAAAAUGGAAGGCUGAAAAACAUAGAGACCAUUGCAAAGCGGUUUGCCGAGUUGGCAAUGGCAUACAAAGGCGAAGUGAAAGCAAUCGUGACCACUGUCUUUCCUCUUCCCCCUGAAGAGGAAAAGGCUGUGAAGGAGACUCUUCAGGAAAUAAUAGGUUCCGGAGCAAAGAUUCAUCUUGAACAGAAGAUUGAUCCAAGCAUACUUGGUGGUCUUGUUCUGGAAUUUAGCCAGAAGGUCUUUGACAUGUCUAUUAAGACCAGGGCACAGCAGAUGGAGAGGAUCCUCCGAGAGCCCAUAUCUAUUGCCAACAUCUAA